AUGUUUAGGUAUGAAGCAAGCUGCAUGUAUGAGAAUCAUUAUUACGUCAGUGUUACAUAUGCACAUGGAUAUAUCUAUGCAAUUGGAGGUCAUAAUGGUGAAUACGGAGGUCGUUUAGACUCUGCAGAAAGAUAUAUUGUCGAUGAAAAUUUAUGGCAAACUAUAUCUUCAAUUAAUCAUAUACGUAGUGAUGGGUCAGCUGGAGAAUUACAUAGGAAAAUAUAUGUGAUUGGUGGAUUUGAUGGUCGAUAUUAUUAUGAUUCAGUGGAAUAUUAUGAACCGUUGACGGAUCAAUGA